UUUUAUCGCAACACAGGGCCCGAAGGAAAGCACGAACAAGGACUUUUGGAGGAUGGUGUGGGAGAACAAUAUCCACAUUAUCGUCAUGUUAACUCAAUGUACACAGAACUCCAAGGAAAAAUGUAGCAAGUACUGGCCUAACGUAACUGAAGAUCCCUUAGAGUACCCAGUGGAGCAGCUCUCCGUCAAAACCUUGGAAGAGACUCCCGACCUGCCAGGAGGAUACAUCACUCGCAAAAUGAUUCUCUGUAAGACCGGAAAUCGGUUAAGGGAUAUAAAACACUUCCAAUACAUCGCCUGGCCGGACAUGGGGUGCCCCAGCACUCCAGAUCAGCUGCUGAAUUUUGUCAAGGUUAUCAAGAGUGCAUCAUCUUCUAAAUCCUCAACCAUAUUGGUCCACUGCAGGUAAGAUAGCUGAGGUGGCAAUGCAAUAUUGUAGUCACCUCUUGGUAGAAAUAAA